AUGGCAGUCGGUCUUCGAUCUGAGUUAUCCAUCCCAGUUCAUCAGAGAAACAACACUGCCAAGGGAGCGUGGUCCACGGCGAGUGAAAUGGAAGGCGACUCUGAGGAAACAGUGGUUGGAAAUAAAGCGAGACACGAGGUGUCUUGCGAUCAAGCAGUUCAGAAUGCCACACCUUCACAUUCCCGGCGACGACGACUUCUCUUAUCAACCGAUAGUGCCUUCGCCGAUACGGUCCUUCCUUCCUUCAUCCACAACCCAAAUAUCGAGCUGCGCCUGAUCACAGAUGAGCCCUCGGCAUUGCUCACAGGCACCAACAAGAUCCCACACUAUAUGGAUACGGUUGACAGCCAAACAUUCGAUAAGAAAACAGGGGCGCGGAAAUGGCUGAAGGCGAAAACUGCCGAGCUAUGUGAAUGGGCGGACAUGUUGCUGGUCGCACCCAUUGAUGCUGGAGCUCUUGGUGCGAUGUUAGCUGGUUUGACAAACACCUUGACCUUGGCGCUGCUCCGCGGUUGGGUAUCAAAGAAACCAGUUGUACUCAUUCCAGGAAUGACUGUGUCUGAAUGGGAUCACCCGCUAAGCUCCCGCCAACUGGGCGAGAUAGGCCGCUACUGGCCCUGGGUCUGCAUUGUCAAGCCUGUGCUCUGGAAGUCAAACGGGCCCGAAGAAUUAACCAUACUUCCGUGGGAUGGGCUAAAGGAGCUACACGAAACGUUGGAAACAACUUUGAAACUUCCACCACGGGCUUUUAAUUUGACUGGGCCUAGUAUAAAUGGCAAUUUGACCGCUACUAAAACUGCAUCAACAACCGCAUGCGUGCCAUUGGCAUCGGCAAGCGGGACUAGCUGUGCGUUGCGGAGCAUCCCGAAAUCCGAAGGCAAUGCCCAUUUUUUACCGCUCGAGAUAUGGCUGAGCGUUUUUGAAGAUCAGCUUGGAGAUUGGGAAACAGCGAAAGCUGUGGGCAUUCCCUCGAACCUCCCCGUCCCCCAGGAAUGGCAAAACCAUUUACUCAAAAUGUCCACACCAGCUUCCCUUGAAUAUACCAUGCUGCGAGGAUCAUUCGCGGCAAUCAAAAAGCGGAUUGACGCUCUUCCUCGGUGGAAACCGCUUUCUGACCUUGCAUGCCACCUUAUUGUUAAAUUUUCUCGAACCGACAUUCUCUCAUACCUCACUGAAAAUCACCUGGACCUGCUUUGGACCACUUCUCGCCUCACUAAUAUUCCCUACCGUGCAUCUGCGAUUUACGGCAACCCCAAAGUUCUCACCUGGUGGCGCGAUGCGCCCGCUCUUCCCAACAAAGAAUACAUGGCAGAUGCCAUGGACGGCGCCUCCCGAGCCGGCUAUCUUCACGUAUUAGACUGGUGGCUCCAUUCUGGUCUCCCACUACGGUACAGCGAGCGUGCUCUCGAAGCCGCCAGUGCCGAAGGCCGGAUCGACGUUCUUGAUUGGUGGAAGGCUGCUUCCGCAAAUGCCCCAGCGCACAGCCCUGUUCCCCUCAAGCCCGGAAAAUCCGUCCUUCUUGCGGCACAGUCUGGUCGCACUGCAUCACUCGCUUGGUGGGAUGCAUCAGGUAUUCCAUACAGUCACGCCGAGAACGUCGCUCGCAUCUCAAGCACCCACGGCCACGUACACGUUCUCCAGUUUUGGUAUCAGCUCAAGGGUCCUAAAAUGAUCUUUGAUAAUCAGGUGCUUGUUGGCCCCACGAAAAAUGGACACGACCAUGUGCUCCAGUGGUGGAAAACUUGCGGCAUGCGUGUCGAAUUCAAGACCUGUGAUAUUGAAGAAGCGCUGGAAGACGCAGAUCCUACCUCUGGGGCUGAGGGCCGUGUUCGACUCUGGUGGGAGCGGAACGGACUCAACCUUGGAGUAGGGACGACAAGAUGCACCCUACAACGCGUGCUGCGCGGGUCGAAUGCAAGAUUAAUACAUGUCCGCCCUUCGCAGCCAAGGAUUCCUUCCCGCAACAUCCUAUCAAAUAAUAUCCAUACCACCAGCAAGAGACCUAACAUCACCCACCACGCACUAUUGAAAAACACCCAGAUGCGCAGAUUAGCGACAGCUGCUAUUCCAAGUAUUCUCGUUCCGCCACUCAUCUUUAUCGGACUCCUCCUGGGCCUUUGGACGUGGAAAUGCUUCUGGAUUAUCGUCAUGCAGAACAAGCUUCUUUAUAUAUCCUGGCUACCGCCAUUCACGCGCUCGGAGGUCAUAUCAGAAUAUGAAGCUCAGUGCAGCCCUGUAAAAUGGAAGGAGAGCCAGAUACGCAGUCUUGAUGGGACUAAAUUGACCGUUUGUGAGGGUCGUAUCCCGUCCAAGCUCGAGGAUCAUGGACAUGCGUCCACUUUGAAGGCUCAAAAUCAAGAGAUUACGAAAUCCGGAAAAAGGAGACUCGUUAUUAUCUGCUAUUUUCAAGGAAACGGUGGUUCAACGCCUAUGCGACUGCCGCUUCUCUCACAGGUCUUGCGCUCAAUCACGGAGGCUUCAAAACCAACCACGAAGGCGAAAUCGGAAUCUGCAGAGACAGAGUAUAGGAUUGUGGCAUUGUCGUAUCGUGGUUACUGGACAUCUUCGGGCCGCGCCACGCAAUCUGGUAUUGAGAUGGACGCCCAGGCAUUUUUGAGCUGGGUAUCAGAGACCUACGCGGCUCCGAAUACCGAUCUUGAACUUGUGCUCUGGGGCCACAGCCUAGGAGCGGCAGUUGCAAGCACAGCUACAGCAACGUAUCUUCCACGUUUUGAAGACAGCUUGAGCCGAACUUCAGAGACAAGCAGUGGCCGACUACUCUCGCCAGUCUCUCGGUUGAUCUUGGAGGCACCGACUUCCAGUAUCAAAGAUAUGCUGAUUGCUCUGUAUCCACAGAAGUGGCUUCCGUAUCGGUAUAUGUGGCCUUUUUCUUGGAAUACGUGGGAUAUCAUGGCGAAGAUGAGAGAAAUUGCUGCAUGGAGAGACCAUGAUACUAAUCUUGCAAGCUCUGAAAAUUGGACAUCCAGCGCAGUGGUGCCACUACCUCGUACAAUUCCACCCAUCUUUCUCCUAGUUGUAGAAAAGGACGAGGUCAUCCCGGCAUAUGUACCCGAUCAGCUAGAAAAUCAAGCCAAAUCACUUGGUAUGCACAUCUACCGAAAAGAUGUCCUAGGUGCAAUGCAUACGGAGGGACCUCAAAAGCUGGAUGGCCGGAAAGCACUGGUACAGUUCAUCAUACAUGGGACCUCGACGUUGAAAAAUAUAUCUCACGAAUGA